GACGUCACUUGAAAAUUUGUCGGCCCUGUGGUGAGGACUGGGGACAAGGCUAGUUACCAGUCCAUUAUCAGCCGAACGGUCAAGAUGGCGGUGGUUGUUGGAACUUGGUCUUUCAGUUUGGAAGCAGUAAAGUUGAUUUCCGACAAGCUGUGUGCUGGAAGCGUGGGGCUUGAUGCUCUCGAGAAUGGGAUCAAUGGUAAAACCAGCAUUAAUUGGAACUGUUGGCUUGAAUUUUCUCAAAAUCGUUGAUGUUUCGGGCGUUUCACCUAUCGAUUCUGCCCCGUUCACUGCCGAACCUUCUGCAACCCUGCUAGCAUAUAUGUCGCUUCGAUCUUCCCUAGAUAAGUCGGGAAAGAAGAAGCCUUAGAUCGACUUGACUCUGCUAGCAGAGUAGGCUGCUGCUUGUAGUCAUAGAAGUUAUGGAAUUGCAUACAUCCCGCGCUUUCAAUAUGACAUGUCUGUAUAAAAGCUAGGUGUCGACAUGACAAAAUGGAAGGUGAUACAAAUGUCCUAUAAAUCACAGUCUUUGAUCACUGGAAGGUUAAAGGAACAUUAAAGUAAAGAGAUAAGCUAGCGUAGCGGUAAUUGAAUCCUUUUAAGGAUUUAAAAUUUUGCACACCCACAACUUAAAAUUCUUAAAACAUUUCAGCCAGGUCUUGUUAAAACCCACAGAAAACGUCAUGCGCGGAGAGUCAAGAAAUUGAGGUUAUGUGACCAGAUUUUUAUUGAAUGGGGAAUAAAGUUUCCUUCUGACUAUUUUUAUCCGUUGCUAGCAUUCUUUUCUGGUCAGUUAAUGAACCUUGGCAUUUUCUCAGCAAAAGACACCCCGGGUCGAGGAGCAAAGAAAUUUCUCAGGGGUAUUAAAGUUGUUAUAAAAGUUGAGGAAUGAUUCUUCAGGGGCAGAGGGGAAAUUGUUUGAAUUCUUUAGGGGUAAAACAUUAAUUUGUUAGUGGAAAUGAAAUCUUCAAGCAUGAACAAAGAUUAUUCAUGCAAUUUUUAUGGAAAAAAGUACCUUUGCGGAUAAUUAUUACAUGUAUUAGCCCUCAGACAUGUACAUGUAAGAUUUUACCACAAAAAAAAUACAUAUUUUUUUCAUCUUCAGCAUUUGAGGAAAAUCCUGAUACUGGGUGCUAUUUUGUUGGAAGAGGAGGAUUGCCGAACUCCAGUGGCAUAUUGGAGUGUGAUGCAGCUGUUAUGACAGGAAAAAGGUGUUGUUUCGGUGCAGUAGCUGCUUUGCAGGGGUAAGGUGACAGUAUGUAGUGGUUACUUACAGAUUGGGGGCUAGAAAUGGUUGGAGUAGAAGUCUGUAACUAGAAAGAGAGACUUUCUAGCAAGAGAGGAUAAAUCCUCUCUUACUGGAAAGUCCUUCAUAAUUCAGCUCUGAAAUUGUUUUUGCUCUGAGGUAGAACGAGCCACCAGAUUGAAUAUUUUUGGAGGCAUUCAAGUGAUUUUAGUGUUUCCUAAUUUUUGAGACAGAGCUGAUUGCCGGUCGUGUUAUUCUUUAAAUGGUACUCUUUCGUUUUAAAAGCAAUUAUAAAUAAAAAUAUUGCUCCAAACCUUGCUCUGUAGUCUUAUGACUUGUUCCUUGCCCUAUUUGAAAUACAUGUAUCCUUCAGCAGUUUUGGCUGAAACUCCUUUGAUGUGCCAUUUUCUUUGAACAGUAGGGUCCACUUAAGUGCUUCGUAAAAAAUAUUUACCAACUCAGUGUGAAGUCAGUUUAUUUCAUAUUAUUGGUGAGUCAUAUCUGUUGUUCUUUUCAAAGUUUUGUGGCCAUCAUGUUCAAACCAAACAAAUCAAGAUGAAAAGUUUGCUAUACACUGUAGCUCAAUGCACUCGUAUUAAUAACAGAGCCACUGCGUCACCUGGAAAUUUCAUUUUUUGUUAAGAGGAGAAACUAGAGCAUUGAAUGGCAUUAAUGCUAUGGUGAGGUAGAUUUCAUAAUAAUUAUAAAAUCUAUUAUUAUUAUUAUUGUCUAUUAUUAAAAUAAUAGGGUUGCAAAGCCGCUCGCAGUUGCAAGACAUGUUAUGGAGAACUCACCUCACAGUAUACUUGUGGGUCAAGGUGCACAGGAAUAUGCUGUUAAAAAUGGGUUUCCUGUAGAACCAAAUUCAGCACUGCAGACACAUGAAUCAAUAGAAGCAUUUGAGGUGAACAAAAGUGAUUUAAGAUUUGCAGCUCUUGCUUUUGUUUUCCCAACCAGAGUGUGUGUUUUUAGUUGGUUGCAUGCCAGGUCUGUUGUUCUUAAACAGAAAACAAACCAAUAGGAGGCCAUUUCCGAGUUCCCCCGGGCCUCCGUUUCAAAACGAGGGUAGGUGCUCAGCCUUUGAUAUGGAAAUCACUUUUCAUUCUCAUGCAAAUAAAACUCAUUGUCACAAGAAAGGUUCUGCACCUAGUCUCAUUUUGAAAGUAAGGGAUUUUGGAACUUGGAAGUGGCCUAUUCCACACACAGAGUGAUAUUAGAUAGUCAUGAAUAAUUUGCUGUUCAGUAAUGUGUUGAUUUUGAGCUAUUUUAUUAGUCAAUGAAUAUAUCCAUUUUGCUUUUCUUUUUACGUUUUUUAAUUCUUGCAGAUGGAAAAAAAUAAUAUUGUUAUCUUACUCUUAUUAUUGUAAUCAGGAAAUAUUUAUUUGAAAGUACGAUUCAAUGUUCAUUCCUUAACAUCAUCAUUCAUGGUAAUAAGCUGAUUUUUAAAACUUGCAACUGACGAUAAUCUGAUUAAGGUAUUGGUCAAAACAUGUCUGGUCUCAAAAACAAAUGUUGUUUGUUUUCUAUCACUAUGACUGUUUCUUUUGCAGUAGGAAUUUCUCAGAAAAUCAGACAAAGAUGUAGGAGGUCAUGACACUAUAGGUGAGAGCUAAAGCAUACAAGCCGUAUUGAGAAAUGCAUUGUAUUAUCCUUUAAACAUAUUCUGUAUUCAGUGAUUUUGAACUUACUGGCUUGUAGCCAGUAACGCUUUAUGUCAAUGCCUGUGUAAGAAUGAAUGUAAGGUCAUUCUGUUGUCCUUGUAGCGCACGACAUUAACGCAUCACCUUCAGACCGGGUUCAGUAGCUAUUAUUGCCCUUUUUUAUGAGAAGUAUUUAAUAGACUCUUUUUUCUCCUAGUUUUUCUUAAAAUUAUUACUGAACAUUUCAGUGUAUCACACAUCGUUAUCAAGAGUGAGAAAUGUUAAGUGUCAAAGUUGUUUAAAGAGCUGAAGUUUGAAUAAAUUAGAUUGUGUUUGUGCAUGCUUUAUUGUUAUUUAGAUUUCCUAAUAGAAAAACUUGGUGCAAAUCGAAUCCAAUUGCACAUUCAGUGAUGGUUUGCAUUCUUGUAUAAAUAACAUCUCAUAGACAAGGCAUUCGAAUUUGUUUCUGGCAGUGCAUAUUUUGAGGUCCGAGAAAUUAACUUAACGUUAAUUCAUGUUAAAUUUACUUACCGGUAACUUAAUGUUUCUCACUCUUGCAGAUAAUGAUGUGUGAAUUGAAAUGUUGAGUAAAGUUUUUAAGCUUCAACAAGCAACUGACUAUCGGUUCUUUUUUAAGCCCAACAAUUUAAUAUUAUAAAAGUAAAUUAAUCAUUUCGAAAAGAAUUCUAGUUAAAAUAAAGCAAAAUAUACACAAUAUGUAUGCAUGCAUUGAUUUUUCUCCUCUGCCUUUCCCAACUUUACCUCCCCCCCCCCCCCCCCCCCCCCCCCAAAAAAUAAUCAAUGGUUUUUUUUUAACACCAAAAAAUUAAAUAAUAAAAAAAAAAAAUACUCUUUUGAAAAAGAAUUAGAGUUAAAAUAAAACAAAAAAUACACAAUAUUUGUCCACGCCCUUUUUUUUCCCCUCCCCCUUUCCCAAUUUCCCCCCCCCCCCCCCCCACCUGCACCCAUGCUUUGUGCUGUGCUGUUUUGUCUCUCUUCUUAGAUUACAUUUAAAAAAGAGAUGUCCUUAACAAGUUAUGUUGAACCUUAUGCAAUGAUAAUUUCACCAUUUACAUGUACAUGUGCCAUUAUAUGAUAUUUCAUUGUUUGUUUGUUUGCUCUUGUUUUCAAAGGGAUUCUUGUGUUGGAUUCAAAAAUGCAGUUGACUGCAGGUAAAAGUAAUGACUCCAUUGUGCAAUGCUUACGAUGGCAAGUUGUAAAGUCACAAAGAAAAUUUCAGUACCCUGCAUGUCAUGUUUAUCAACACAGGACCAAACUGGCUUUAUUUUUUUUUCACUCUUGUCUACUUGGGUACAAGAUUAUUAUUUGACUUAUUUUAACCAUGGCUAUAAUAUCAAGCAUUGAUUAACAUAGCUAAGUACUAGUUUAUUCCAUUCCAUAGUUAUUUUUUGUUGUAGAUGAUCAAUUUUGUACAAAUUGAACUCUUAUUAAUAUUAAAAUUUAAUUUUUAAGGUGUUUCAACAAGUGGAAAGGCUUUUAAACAUCCUGGCCGAGUUGGUGACUCACCCCUGCCUGGGUCUGGAUUGUAUGCUGAUGAUGAGGUAAGGUACCUCUUUCCCUGAUGAAGAGAAGAGUCAAUCGCUUGAGGAAACAGGGGUGUCAAAAGUAGCCGGCUGCUGGCAGAAAAUCGCCGCCUACUUGACUAAUAUCAGCCGGCUACUCUGCUUGGCAUUUCUUUACAAAUAGGGUUUUUUCAAUAGAAUAUCCCUGGACUUACUUUGACAACUCAGCCAUCUAUGUCAAAACUUUCUGACAACCCUGGGAAAGCAUAUAAAAACCAAGAAAUACCAUCUUGAAUAGAUCUUUUGAUGAUCUUUUCUGUAAAUGUUAACCAUAGUAUGAUCGUUAUUUGGGAAAUAACCAUGCUGGCACAGCUGGGUGCAAAGCAGUUAUUUGUGAAGUUCUUAUUGCAGUUUUUUAUUUUAGAGUUUAUUAUUGAUAGCAAAAGUUGCAUUUGUUUACUGUAAAAUUUUGAAUAUGAAUUGACUGAUCAAACUGUCAUGCGAUUAUGUCACAAACCUGGUUAAAGAUUUUCCAAUGCUCCGGAUAAUCGCUGAAGGUAAUGACAGCGGACGAGUAACAACAACUCACGUUCAUGCCUCUCUUGGAAAGCUUUGCAUUCUACAUUCAUCCCCCUUUUUUGGGCAACAUCUGUUUCCUAGGAAGUUUUGAAGUUUAUUAGAUCUUGUUGGACUUUGCCACUGGGCUGGCAAAAUUUUAAUGAUAAUAAAAUUUUUGUUAAAAUAUUUAUAAUUCCUUCUCCUCUUCUUCACAGGUUGGAGCUGCAGCAGGUCAGUUUAACAGUACCGUAAACUUCUAAUUAUAAGCCAUGGGCUUACACAACUUCAUAAGGGGUUCAAGGAGGGCUUAUAGAGGAGGGGCUUAUAUUUGGGGGAAGCUUACAACCGGAUUUAAAAAAAGUAUUUCAAAACAAGCUACUUAGCAGUGGUGAUCAAAAUACUUUUUGAAUUUGAUCACUGUUUUAAGCUUCACAUUUUGUAAAAAGUGGAAUUCAUUUCAAUACAGGCUUAUAUAUUAUGGGCGGGGGGGACUUAUUUUAUGGAUGUAUUUUUUUUUACUGGUAGUUGGACCAUGUUGAUUAUUUUAAUUAACAGCAACUGGCGAUGGUGACAAGAUGAUGAGAUUUUGUCCAGCUUUUCAUGCAGUCCAGCUGAUGAAAGAGGUAUGUAUAGGUUUCAUCACAACUUUCAGUAAUCCAAAAGAUAUAUAUUUGUUAUUGGUGCAAAAGAACCCACUAAUAACAGUAAUCAUCAUCAUUAUUACAAAUACGGCACUUCCUAUAAAACCUCUCGUCAUGUACUCCUUUGUAACAAAGACAUUUCAGAUACUUAUUCCAAAAAUAAUGCAGCCCUACCUCCAAAAUAACCCCCCAACCCCCCCUUCCCGAGGAAGAGGGGUGGGGGGGGGGGGUCACAGGAUACACAGAGACGGGGAUGAUGGAAGGCUCUCGGGGAUUUUUGUUUAGAACGAUUUUAGCAAGUAUUUUUGGGAUUGCCCAAUUUACAUCGAAUUUUUUUUGGUGAUGUGAGCCCUCAAGAGCCUUGGAUGGGAUAUUUCACUCUCAGGAUAUACCAUACUUUUAGUUACUUUGAGAGAGGCUAAAAAAUACAAAAUGCCAGGGUCGUAGCCAGCCCCUAGACCGGUAGGCCCGGGCCUACGAAUUUUUGGUUUGAUCACUCUACUGCUUCAUGUGAUAAAUUAUGCGUUGUUGGGGUGAGCUUAAAAGCUUAAGAACUCAACGUGUUGGUGCGAUCAGUACGUGCAAUUCUCAGGAUAUGUGGAAAUGAAAGUCAGCCAGGCCUAGAACUAGUCGAAAGGCUGGCUACGCCCCUGCAAAAUGCGGUUUUGUGAGGGCUAUUCAUUUUUUUCCACACUUUUGUUCCAAGAGAUUUUAAAGGAUUUCAAUUUUCUGUACGUUCUCAUUUGAUCAUGCCCUUCAGUGUGAAUUCAAAAUGGCUCCUAGAUGGACAUACUCUACAAUGUGGACACAAUGGUCUGUCCCUUGUUUGUCAUAUUUUUUAAAGAUGUUCGACUAUGAUGGUGGCACAUCAGGGGCUUUUUUUUCUUGUCCCAAUUUUUGUGUUUUGUUUAUGUACAGGAAUACUUGCUUUGCGCGCUACAAUUUCUUGAGGCCUGCUAAUGAUUCUCAUCCGUUUAAAAAGGACUUGUGCCCGAAUAGGUCAUCAUUUUAUUCGUACAAACGAGAAAAGUCUUCCAACAUCCUGACUUUGAUUUCUUUAAUUACUAUGCAAUCUUCGGCUACAAAAUGGUAGUCUUUAGCAUUACACCGGCACGGUCGUCAUGUCCACUGCAGAACAUGUCGAACACGCGCACGUGUAAGUCGCGACGUUCUCCCCAGAAUUGUCCGUUGACCGACCGUUAUUGGCUGUUCUGCAAUUUCCGCAGAACACCAAAAUGUGCCAUUGAACGCUUUUAAAAAGUAGUUUUAAGGCAACGGCGCUGUUUUUCCUUCUAACGUUGAGAGUUAGUUUACCCUGGAAAAGAUAGUCACACGCGUUUUUGCAAAGGGAAGUACAAUCGAACCUCCACUAACGACCACCUCUCUACAACGGCCACUUUUUUGGGCGGACUGUCCAUCCAUUGCCUCACUAAGCUUCUCUACAACAGCCACUUUCUUUUGUACCCAAUCUGGCCGUUGUGGAAAGGUUCAACUGUAUUUCUAAAAUGUCUGCACAGGCUAAUCUAUAUCUUGUGCUGCAACUUUACACACCGUUAAAUUCCACAGGUAUAGAACGCACUUAUUUGAAAGUUAGCAAUAGCAAUCUUUGACUUUAUGCAGACUUACUAUACAGUAUGUUGCCCAGUAUCCGGACACUUCAGUUUAAAAUUGCAAUAACUUUCCUUUGUUAAUCGCAAGAGCUCUGAAAUUUGGCCCAGAAAAAAUCUAUCUAGUCCUUAAUAUGACGAAAGACAGUUUAACUUUUUUGCCUUUGUUUCCAUCGCUAAAUUAAUAUUUUUGCAGAGCUCCUAUGUUGCCCAGUAUCCGGACAGCUGGCCCAGUAUCCGGACACAACAAUAACAACGUAAUGGUACAUAAAUUUCGACAGGCAAGCGACUUAUAAGCUUCUCUUGCACUUGCAAAGUAGUCUGGCAAUCGAUUCCGAAAAAAUAACCUAGCAUCGUGAAAUAAAACAUAACAAAUGACUGGGGUAUGGUGGGGAACGCGAGCCGCUGUUUUAAAAAUGGUAUAAUUUCUCACUUCUUUGUCUAGGAACUUUUUCACUGAUUUAAGGAAGGCAUCCGUGAACAUCCCGAAGCCGCAGUUUGCAAGCUCAAUUAGCCAAUCUGCAAACGACUUUCUUUCUUCAUUUUUUAUUUAAAGACAAGCUUGGGAAAGGGACCUCAACCCGACGGUCAAAGGUCACUCUCCUAUUUAGUCUGACCUGCAGUGUUGAUUUCUUCAUGCUCAGUCCCCACAAUAAGCCUACUUUUCUAGCACUAAUUCCUCCUUCUUUCACAUCUCUCAAUCCCUUUGUGACAUUUUUUAGACCAUUGCAACCCCAUUCUAGCAGUCCCAACUGGGAAAAGUAUGAGAAUUCCAGGUUCAACUCGGACGCUUUCAGUUAUAUAUAGAAAAUGCAGUCACGCGAAAGAAGCGGCGCACACGAAAUCAAGUCGCCUCUGAAUGAGUGAAGAAAAUUUCCAUACGGAGUUGAGUAGAGUUACAUUUUACGACUAUAUCAUAUAUCCUAAGCUUUAAUUAUAGUCACUGAUAUGAAAUAAAUCUUAUCCGGAGAAUGUACACAGCUAAUUCAUCGAUUGUGUACAGCAAAGAAAAAACUGUCCGGAUACUGGGCACAUGACAUCAAAACUUAGUGAAUGUUUCUGGCUUCCGUUAUUCCAAACAAAUCGAAUUUCAAGGAGAAUUAAUAAACUUUCUGAAAACCUGACUUCCUUAAGUAUCUUCACUUUAAAAAUAAAACAGUUUCUUUGAAAAUAACACACAUUACCCUCCCUUUUCUGACCAGCACUAACUUUACUGCGCAGUAAACAGCGUAAAUAUUAGCCAUGAAAAGUUUAUUCACCUGAACAGAACGGCGUCUUCUGCGACUGUUUCGCAAGCUUUCAAAUCGCCAAAACUUUCAUCUUAAAGCUGAAAUGUUCAGCUUUCAUUCGAAAUACUUCGUUUAACGAGAACUGAAAAGGGCGCCUCAAAAAUUGAGUUUUUGUUUCAAGUGUCCGGAUACUGGUACCGUCCGGAUACUGGGCAACAUACUGUAAUGAUACCAAAAAGAAAAGAUGCAAACUAAACCCAAUUAUUGGAGAAAUUUUCUAUCUGUUUUUUUUUUUGCGCCGAGAUUUUCCAGUCGCUGGAACAAGUUGCGUUAAAAAGUCCAUAAAUUUAUUUGCCAUUGAUGUGAACAGGGGUACUCCCCACAAGAAUCAUGUGAAAUUGUGGUGAAAGAAUCGCAGCGGAAAGCAGGAACAACAGCAAGACCUUUUGAAAUGGCCUUGAUUGCAUUGAACAGAAAGGUAACUGAAUCAUGCUACAACCAGUUUCAAAAGUACCUGAGACACUGUACCGUAUUUUGUCUUAAAUGGCCUGCCAUGAUCUUGUGCUUGUGAUCCCUCCUCCACCCCUUUUCAAAGUUGCUAGCAAUACAAGACCAUACUCAAAACUUGGAGGAACAACUUUGAAUGGGAGGGAGGAGGGAGGUCAUUAUUAUAUCUCUCAGACAUGUGACUAGCAGCGAUUUGAAGCAAGAAAGGUCGUUUUUUCGUCGGAGUGUCUCAACAUUUUUGCAACUGGUUGUAGCACUUCUUGGAAAAUCAAAUUUUAAAAACAUUCGUCAUGUAGUGAGAAAUCAGUCAACAGCCCCAACCCCUCCCCUCCCCUCCCUGCCUUUUUUUUUUUCACCACAACAACAGAUAAUAUCACAGAGCGGCACUGCCCGCAGCGAGCAAGGCUAUUCGAGGCGGGACAGUGCGUGCAAAAUGAAAUUAAGAUGAAGGCUAACCAUAGUUAUUAAAGUGGAAUGGUUACGAAACCAGUUUUAACUAGUUUCGUAACCAUUCCACUUUAAAAACUCUUUUUUCCAGUUUAAAAACUCUUUUGUUCAUGUUUUUGUUGGCUUUUUUGGACCUGACCGUACACAACGUUCAAUAGCAUUCCUAUCAUUUUGAAAUUACUGACCAAUAGAAACAUCGCAUUAAUUUAUUUAGUCACAAUUUAUGAACAAAAAACAAAGGAUUGUGAACGGUCAGGGAGCUACCAACAUAAAUUACAGCACCUUUUGUGUCCUAAAUACGACGAAAAACGCGCUGCAGAUUAUAAGUCUCGCUGCUUACGCAAGCGAGACUAAUCAGUAAUCAUUGUGGUUAGUGCUCCCUGCUGAAAUUUGUUUGGUAUCCUCUUCAUAACACGUUUCGGAAAAGCUCUAAAUUUAAUUAAUCUUUCCUAAGCUUUUUUCGGAAAACAUGCUUGGCUUUGAUCACGCAACGAUUCUUAUUUCCAGUUUCCACGGACACCGCUAGGACGCCUGGCACAAUGACCCCUUUAUGUGUCCUAAAUACGACGAAAAACGCGUUGCAGAUAAACAAUAAUUUACUUAAAAUAUAGUUUUCUGGGUGCAAAUUUUCCUGAUGGGUGGCAAUAAAAUGUUGGUUUACGAGCGUAUUUGAAGAACGGUUUUUGUUCUACUUUUUUCAGGGUGAAGUUGGUGCUUCAUCGACCGUUCCUCUUUUUGAGGACAAAAGAUUAAACACUAAGUACUCAGGAUUUCCAUUUGUUGUUUGGACUGAACAGAUGACCUCUCCGGAAAUAAGAGUGCAGCCUCCAGUUUGUUUACAGUGAUUGAAUACAACCUAAGGCAAUUAUUCAGAAUAACUUCUGCUUUUGUGCCUGGCCUGU